AGGAUUUUAAAUUCUAUGCUUUUCCUCAUUUACCAUUUUCUUCAAGGUAGAUUGCUGUCUUCAUCAAUCUGGAUUGCUAAUUACGUUUCACAAAAUGUUGUAUAUGCAGAGGAGCAGCUUAUUAAGACAAACCAACAAAACAUAUUGAUUAGAUCUCUCAUGCUUAAGAAUCAGAGGGGUGAUUAUAGUUCAAAAGAUGGCAAGGGGAUUUCCUCAAAUGACAAUGGUAGAAAAAGGGCUGCUGAAAAAGCAUUGGAUAGUAGGGCAUCAAGCAAGAAGGCUACUACCAGUAACCAAGUUGCCUCUUGCCAAGAAACUUCAAAAGCUCGUACACCUGGCAUACAAAAUAUGACUGUUGAGAGGCUACGGAUUCUGUUAAAGGAGAAAGGUCUUUCACUGAGAGGAAGGAAGGAUGAACUAAUUGCACGGUUAAAGGGGGACACAUGACUAAGCAUAUUCCAAGAGUUUGAGGCAGCUAAUUCUAAAUUCCAUUUUGUACACCAUGCAGCUGUGUGAAGUAGGCCCUCACAUAUGUAUUAUUUGUGUACUUUACAACUAAUUAAGAGUCAACUUUUGGCCUUACAACUCUUUGUGUGCAUUCGUGCGUUUCUGUGUUCUUGUUGUAUGACAUAGCUUUUUGUUAAAAUGUGAGGGUGCACUAGAUGUAUGCGUUAAUAGCUACAUCACGCAUCUGAUCUGUGAAAAAGUGCAUGUCAACGACUUCCAAAAUUUGCUACCCUUUGCAAAUUCAGUAUGAAACUGGUCUUUCAGAAUCUACUCUCGUUAGUUUAUGGAUCUA